CGACUGGUAGAAAGCCCAGUCAACGAGUACUGAUUCCUCUUAAAAAAAGGGUUGGCCGUCCGUCUACUUGUACUACUCCACUGCAACUCUACGAGGCAGGGCAGGUUGCUGCCUCCUGGUUGUGCUUGCAAGGCUCUGUUCUUCUUCGAGAUGUCGUCGUACAGCCACAGCACGAAGAAUUUCUUGGGUUUCUUGCUUGGAGCAGCCGUCACCGCGGCCUGUAUCCUGCUGCUACUGCCGCCUGCUCCGUGCCCCUGCGGCGUCCUGCCGGCACAGCAAGAAUCCGUCGUCUUGGGUAACGGUAACGGAACUCAAGCUGAUCCCAGCAUGAAGAAGCUUCACAUGCAGGCCGGCAAUUCAACCGACCACGAGCUGCUGGAGCUACUGAAGCGAGCCGCCAUGGACGACAGGACCAUCAUUAUGACCUUCACGAACGAGGCGUGGACGGCUCCCGGCUCGCUCCUGGACCUCUUCCUGCAGAGCUUCCGCCUGGGCGUAAGGACGGCGCCGCUGCUAAAGCACCUGAUCGUCGUCGCCGUCGACGCCAUGGCGUACGAGCGGUGCCAGCACGUGCACCGGCUCUGCUACCACCUCCGCGUCGACGGCGUCGACUACGCGGCGGAGCAGUCGUACAUGCAGAAGGACUACCUGGACAUGAUGUGGCGCAGGAACCGGUUCCAGGCCCGGAUCCUGGAGCUCGGCUACAGCUUCGUCUUCACGGAUGUGGACAUCAUCUGGCUGCGGAACCCGCUGCUGCGCAUCCCGGUAGGCGCCGACAUGGCCAUGUCGUGCGAUUUCUUCUACGGCGACAACCCGUACGACCUGAACAAGCUGGCCAACGGCGGGUUCGUGUACGCUAAGGCGAACGCGCGGAUGGUGGCGUUCUACGGGAGCUGGUACGAGUCGCGGAAAGGGUUUCCCGGCGCGCACGAGCAGUACGUGUUCGACCAGGUGAAGCAGGAGCUGUCGGCGCGGCAUGGCGUGCGGGUGCAGUUCGUGGACACGGCCUACCUCAGCGGCUUCUGCGAGCUCCGCAAGGACUUCUACAGGGUGUGCACGGUGCACGCCAACUGCCUCGUGGGACUCCAAUCCAAGCUCCAGAAGCUCACCCAAGUGUUCGACGAGUGGAAACAGUUCAGGGAGAAGGCCGCGCUGCUGGGCAGCAACACCACCGCGCUGACGGACUGAGCCGUGGUUAUUCAUUGUAGCAGUGCUCAAGUUUUUACGUGUUAUUUUCUUUUCCAGAUGCAAUUCUAGAUGUCGCCGCCUCACAAAUUAGAUGUCGCCGCCUCACAAUAUAUGAGAAUGAAUACAUUCAACUUGUAUAGUCAGUAGUGGCGGAUCCAAGAUAAAGUAAGACUGAGGUACAUUUACAAGUAAGAGCAUCAAUUAGAGCAUUCAUUAAGGUGGUGAUCAA